CUCCAAGCUUACCAUAUGGCAGCUGGAUAAGCUUCGUCACAGUCUCUUGAACAAUUUCUCUUGUUACGAUAUUGUUCGCGACGGUUACGCGACGGCCACCGGUGUGCUUUUUCUUUUUUGUUGCCCUGGCGGCGCGGUUUUUUUCCCCUCUGCCUUCAUUGCCAUGACAACAACACCAAGCAAAGAAACAAGAACAAUACAAAUGCUUAGAAUGCAAUCAGACGUACCGCACAAGCAAUGCUCUAAGAUCACAUAAAAGUUGAGUUCACAAGAAAAUCAUUUGCUUGACAAUCGAAGAAGUCGUGAGGAAUGCCUAAGGCUAUCUGAUCUGUCCUGUUUGUGCUGGCGAAUACAUCUAUACUGAUGACUUUGAGCGACAUGUGCACAUGCAUAGCCAAAACAAUGAAAAAAGUCGAAGACGAUGCCACCGGAAAUGUCACCGUGUCCCAAAUUGAUAUUUUGCCAACAACGAAUUUGCCAACUCCUAAGAAUUUACUCACAAAUACGGCACAAGAGUAUCACAACGGUCUACUUUUGGCUCUGGAUGUGAAGUAUCUUUCGCCUGAUAAUGCAGAAAGCAGGCUCCUUGCUGCACAGCUGCUGGAUGCACAUCCUUUGUUAUUUAAAGAUCAUCACGGCGAACCUCAUUAUCUACUCGGUGCCCUAAGUAACAUCUCGAGAUUGCUGGAAUCACAAUUUGACCAGCCGUUCCCACAAUUUCAAUCCCUUUCGGCGCCAAACAAACGAACCUUCAAGGAAAUGAUUGGAUUAAAAGGAAACUUGGAGCCAGUUAAUCAUACCCCGCAGUUUGAUCAAGCCAUCUUUCUAACACGAUGGAAGAAAUGGGCAGAUAAGAGAUCGUAUAUGGAGCUCACAGACAGCAUCUACAAAUUCUUGAACGCAGAUUGGACACGGCGAAGAUGGCUUGCGUAUUAUUGUUCAAGAAUAUUUGAAAGUGCUAUUCUUGUAAACCAUGGUCAAUAUUUAUUAGUGAAGUGCACCGAAAUCUACCCUCGUCCACCUUGUCUUGAUGCGCAUUUUGAACGAUUCUAGCAGGUGCAUCAGCGAUCUCCCGCGUCACCCAUUCCUGAAGACGAUGGCGCCCAAUACCCAGAUAUACAAGUUUUUGUCAUGAAAAACCACAACAUGAACAAGCUUGUGACAAGCACGAAAUCGUUCAAUGCUCCGCUCACCUCAACAAUUCACUUGGAUAUUGAUCAUAUUCCCACCAUUGGAACGUCGAGUAUUAAUGGAUUCUCUCCGGCCAAGGCAACUCGAAUUUAUCU